ACACGGAACUGGGUCCCCAGAGUGAUCAGGUCUCCGCAAGGGAUCCUAGUCUCGACGGUGGACUCUGGGUGCAUCAAAGACUCAUCACCCCACCGGCCUUUCUCCUACAGCCGCAGCUGGACAAACUCUUGGUCUCCACACUGGUCGAAUGUGUCAUUGAAGCCCUUCCCACAGUAGGUGCAGAGGUGCCUCUUGACGUCGUUGUGACACUUCAUGUGGCGAUUCAGCAUGCGCUGGUAGUGACAAACAGAACAGAAACCUCUUCCCUCUUCUGUCCUUCCAUAUCGGAUAGCGUGAGCGAAGCUCCUGGAAGUUGGAGCCUGGCCAAACGGCCUGCACAGGCAGCAGCCGAGGGAGGAGUGAUGACAGAUGUUUCCGGCAAGGCGGUGGCUGCAGCUAUCAUCGCCCGCCCACAGCUGCGGAGCACGGCAAGGCCAGACCAGCCGGCCCUCUCCCUACUCCCUCGGGCCUUCGCCGGUUCCCCUUCGGUUGGCCCAGCUCACCUCUGCUGGGUGAUGCUGAGGGCAUGGGCAGCUUUCCACCCAAGGGCCGGCUCCCCCCUUCUGGCCCCCAGCAAGUCCCCUCUGUCGCAGACGGCAAGCUGGCCAAAUACCGGACAGAGGGCCAGGUCCUACCGCUUGCUGGGCCUGGAGUCACGGCUGCUCCCUGGGGCGAGCAGGACUCUCCCUCCCCAGAAUGAUGAGGGCAAAUUCUCACCUGUGCCCUCCAGGUUUUGACCCGGACCCAACCAUCUUGGCCGAUCCUAUAGAGUGAGAGGUCUGCACAGCUCCCCUCACCUGGACAGCACCAGCAGGUGGCAGAGAGCACCCAGAAGCCCUUGCCCAUCACCUGAUGGGACAGCCCCUGGGCUGGAGGCCUCCCCCACCACUCCUGCAACGGCCACCAGAACUGUGGUGGGGAAAAUCACCAGGAUGCAAGGAAGUCAAUGAUUUGAACAAACGGAAUUUCUUUGUCCUUUGUAAAAGUCAACACAUGAUCUGUUACUGAUUGGGAUGUGAAAUAAAACUAAAAAUAACAGCACACCGAGUCUCGCAAGGCUCAGCUCACCUUUAACACAGUCCAAGUUCAGUUUAUCAGAUCCGAAGGAGCAGCUAAGCAGCAAGACAAACACAGGUGAGGGAGGAGGCAGGAGUGAAGAAGGGGCUCUGUUCCUCUCCUGACCCUUCUGGAGAUGGAACACCAACCUGCCAACCCGCCAGGGAACUUGGUCACGCAGGAAACUAUAAACAGAAUCCUGGGCCCACACCCUAAUCCACCUCAGGUGAGCUGGCAGCUCACCUGCCUUUGGGUCUCAGUUUCCCCUUGUUUUAAGGAGGCUGUAGAAGCAGCGCCUUGAGAUAACCUGUGAAACAUCCCAACAGCGUCACAGGCCAUUGGAUCCUGGCAGGUCAGGCCACAGAGAUCUCACCAGUACACCCACUGUCUCCACCAAUUUAUUCAGGAGAGAAACUGAGGCAAGAGCCCUUACAGGGCCCCUCACUGCCCUCAUUUCACCACUUUCCUACAAGGCCUGGGGCGCUGCCAGGGAGCCUGC